UCGGUAUCUGGGACGGGUAAAAUACUUGUCAUGGAGUGGAAGCCUACUUGGGGCAGUAGUCUCCAUGCCUUUGCAAAACUCUCCCAGCCUUGCCGAGCAGGAGAUGUAGGUCGUGUAAGAUGGCUGUUGUCCCCGAUUGCGAGUCUUUCCGAUACCGAAUCGCCGCCCUUCCCAAGAUGGGUGCUGGAUGGGGGAGUUGGAGGCCUCCUCUGUCCCAAGAGGGUAUCUAAGGUUUGUAAGUCUGACCAAGACCAGCUCACCAGUACCGCCGAGUAUCUAAAGAUAUUGACGAUGCCUACCUUCACCAGUUCUUUUGUCUUCUCCAAGAUGUGUUCUUUCUCUCCCCACGUGAAGGGGCAGAUAUUUGAACCAUUUUGUCGGUGGUCAAGGUCGUCUGCAAAUGACAGAUUAUUAGGGUGUUGAGUUGCUUUCUCGUCUUGUUGUUGUUGAUCAAGUUGCAUUACGUUCGCUUAUAGCUUUAGUUAAUUCUUGAUUCUGUCCUUAUUUGCAGAGCUAUGCCUUGACUGCAGCUGACUGCGACGUCGACAUCGCGCUGGUGGAAUCCAUAUACCUCCAUGAUUUUUGCGAUGGAUUCAACCGCGACGUUAUUGAAGAAGUUGGCAAAGUCGAGGUAUAACAGUAUAAUG